GGCCAUACCGACCGCUCAAAGUCGCAUAUACCUCGUUAACCUGACAGCCUGCGGUCUGCCUCCGCACAGACAAUAAAGCACUAGAUUUUGAUGACAGAAAAAAGGAGAAAUAUGCCGAGUUGUGGGACGACUUAAAUCUACCGGAUUGAGCACAAGAAUGCAAGAAAAGUCUGUUUUUUUUCUACAGAUAUUUGUGCCGGAUACAUUUUACUUGUGCGGAUUAGUUUCUGUUGUUCUGGACUUUGAAUUGACUAAUGUCUAAUGGGCGAACACACAUUUGGAUUUCUGCUGAUAACAAAAGGGACAGCCACAAGAAAACGAAUUAAGUAAGGAGUUUUUCAUCAUUAGUUCCCAAGGAAGUUAAAGGAAACAUCAGCAGGGCUUAUCAGUUUGAUUUGACACUGACCUUGGCAGUCCUCGCCUGUGAAUCUGCACAUUUCAACUACCGAGCGAACCAAAUGCAGAGAGAAAGAUGCAUUUGGGCAAGGCUUUACUGUUUGUCCUCCUCCUCAACUGCGCAACUUUGAGCUCAUCUCUGUCAACUUGUGCCACCGUGGAUAUCGACCAUGUGAAAAGGAAGAGGGUCGAGGCGAUACGAGGUCAGAUUUUGAGCAAACUCCGACUAACAAGUCCUCCACAAUCUCUCGGACCGAGUAAAAUCCCUUAUCAAAUCCAAGCAUUGUAUAACAGCACCAAGGAGCUACUGGAGGAACUUAGGAGGGAUCGGCAGCAAAGUUGCGGUCAGGACAACACAGAGACAGAGUACUAUGCCAAAGAGAUAUACAAAUUCAACAUGGUCUACGGACCGCCAGAGAGCAACGAUCUGCUCUACUGCCCAAAAGGCAUCACCUCUAAGGUUUUCCGCUUCAACGUCUCCGCCAUGGAAAGGAACUCAACUAACCUCUUCAGAGCAGAGUUUCGAGCCCUGAGGGUGCCAAACUCAAGUUCCAAGAGGAAUGAACAGCGGAUUGAGCUCUACCAGAUUGUGAGGCCAAACGAACACAUUAGGAAACAACGCUACAUUGCAGCCAAGAACGUGCUGACCAAAGGUAAUCCAGAAUGGGUCUCCUUCGAUGUGACUGAAACAGUGCGGGAAUGGCUGAUGAACAGAGGAACUAAUCUCGGUUUGGAAAUCAGUGUGCACUGUCCCUGCCACACCUUCAACCCAAAUGGUGACAUCAUUGACAAUGAGAAGGAGGUGCUGGAGGUAAAGUUUAAAGGUGGGCUUCAACAACAUUUACUGAUUAAGUUAUAUAUGCCAGAUAAGGAAAAGGACCAGUACCUGCCUCACCUUAUCCUCAUGAUGAUCCCACCCCACCGCCUGGAAGCUCAGUCCACACGCCGACGCAAGAGAGCGCUGGACACAAACUACUGCUUCUCAAACACAGAGGAGAGCUGCUGUGUUCGCCGGCUCCACAUAGAUUUCCGCCGUGAUUUGGAUUGGAAGUGGAUCCAUGAGCCCAGUGGUUACGAUGCCAACUACUGCUCCGGGCCCUGCCCUUACCUGAGGAGCUCAGAUACAACACACAGCUCGCUGCUGAGCUUGUACAACACUCUGAAUCCGGAGGCAUCGGCCUCCCCCUGCUGUGUCCCUCAAGACCUGGAGCCCCUCACUAUACUCUACUACUCUGGACGGACCCCCAAAGUGGAGCAGCUCUCCAACAUGAUCGUCAAGUCUUGCAAGUGUAGCUGAGAAGAUGUGAAAGGCGAGGUAGUGCGGCAGGAUUUUACUAGGUACUGACGAAAACCCAUGCUCGUUGACUUUUGAACUCUUAGCUGUGACAAUUACUAAAACUGACCCUGUGGCCUCAUGGCUUAGAUCUGAACACCACUCUGGAGGUCACAUUUUUUAAGGAUGCAGAUUUUCAUUUUGUUUCUUGUUUUGUAUUUUGUUUUCCUCCCACUCUGGAUGAGAAGUAGUUAUUUUCAGUUCAAACCAAAUGUUGCAAUCAUAGUAUGAUCUUAAAAUAUUUCCUUCUACAUUUGUGAAGGUGGACAACAUACUCUGCAGAGAGCCCUGUACAAAUCUAUCUGUGACAAAGUGGGAGCUGCUUCAUUGACGAUGACUGAAAGGGACUUAUUUUGUGGUAUAUUUUCUGCUUCAGAGUUAAAGCAAAUAUUCCACAAAGUCAUAGUCUCCCUGUUGUCAGUAGAGCAGCUUUCCCGUCUCUAGCCUUGGGAUAAUACUGUUUAUAGUCACAAAUAUAGAUUGUGCUCUACUGAAUGGUCGAAGAGUCCUUUCAGGAUGGAUUUUACCUUGACUUAAGUUCCCUUCCUUUCAAACAGUGGACAUUAUCUUCAAACAUAAAAGGAGAAAGGACAGACUUGCUGCUGUAUCCAAAGCCAUAGCUGUGGUCAGGGAAAAGGAGAGCUGAGAGAAUGCCUGCUGGAUUUGCAAUGGAAAGUGAAUGAACAAAGAAGUUGAGCCAAGCUUUUCUUUUUUUGGCCGGCCAGCAGCAAUGGCCUUUUUUUUGCGGCUAUUAGAAUGGAUGGAAGAAGAAGAAGGGAGUAGGGGACCUGAUAGGAAGUGAAGAACUAUGAUGGAAACAAGCCAUGAGCACAAUGCCAUUCACUGGAAGUUCUCAUCUCUAACAGGUUCAAAUUAUUUAUGGGACAUCAAAGAAUAUACUGGAAAGGAACAUGUGUUACGCAACAGGUUUUUAUGGGAUUUCUUUUACAUUAAUAGCAGAUUUGAUCCGUUAUGCAACUUGUCAUAUAGUGAUUGUUUCACUAACUGGGACAACGUUUGACGUAAACUAAGGGUACGGUUACAUUUCCUUGUGAUUCAAGAAGAAUAUGCUUUUUGUCCAUAUACAAAUUAGUUGGACCUGUUGUAUGUGAUCCAGUAUGUUUGACUGAAGUCAACUUUAUUGUAUUAAAAGGGGACCAUCACCAGAAAGUUAAAUCAGAGCACUUUUCUCCAGCAUUAAUAGGAAAUGUCAUGUCAUUUAAAAUGUUUACUUCUUUUAAAAAUCAUACUCUCCUAUCAACUCACCUGUGCAUCACUCCAUCCAGCUGACCAGGAAUCGCAUGUGUUCCCAAAAACACUGCUGUCUUUCAUUCCCUCGGCUGCGUCUCAGUUUGUUUUAGUGCUCUUUUACAGUGUGAAGCCCUAAUGGAACAAAAAAAAUGAAGCGGGAGGGGAAAAGUCAUUACAUGACAGUGGCUGGAUGUACAGUUAGACCUAAUUUUUCUCUGAGUCAGGAGAACGAUUCUGAAUCCCUGUACUGUUUGACAUUCACUCAGUCAGUCAUCUUACCUUUAGAUGACAUUUAGGUGACAUUUUUUUUGCAGUAAUAUUGUUUGAUUGACUUGUUGAUCGUGAUUGUUAUUAAAAACACAACAUGCAAAACUUGA